UCUCUCUCUCUCUUUUUAGCUACUUUCAUGCUUUGUGUGUGCUAUAUAACCCUCUAUUUUGUUGGUGAGAAAAGUUGAAAAGAAAGUGAAAUUAUCUGUGAUUCUUAAUAUAUAAGAUGCGUGGUUUCUCCCAGCAGCUGUUUAAGCUAAUAUAAAGCUUUCUUUUUCUUGUUCUUGCUCUUUCUAGAUACCAAGCAAGGGAUAGAGUUUUGUUUUUCAUAAGAUAAGUCCAGUUGUUGAUUUUGGGCACAUGCAUGCUUUUUUGUGCUUUGUUUCGAGUAAGUAGUGAUGAUUCUUGAUUCUUAACGAUUUAGUGGCAAAAAAUUGUAGGGAAGUUCUGAUUAGCAGAGUACAUCUUAGUUAUUUUGCUGUUUAGGAUUCCAUGGUGGAAGACCCUUGGUGUGGCGUUCAAUUUAUGCAGUCUCUUUACUUGGACAUGGUUGGGCACAAGAUAAGAAGUAGAAUAAAUUAUGGAUCAAUCAGAGCAAACACAACAACGGCAACAGUCACAUCAGCCACAGCAGCAGCCUGUAAUGGGAGUGGUAGCUGGUGCAGGUCAGAUGUCCUAUACUACUACCCCCUACCAAACUGCUGCAAUGAUGGCUUCUGGAACACCUGCCAUAGCUGUGCCUUCCCCAACUCAGCCGUCAUCCCCUUUCUCUAAUUCUCCUCAUCAGCUUACCUACCAACAGGCCCAGCACUUUCACCAUCAACGGCAGCAGCAGCAGCUUCAAAUGUUCUGGGCCAACCAAAUGCAAGAAAUUGAGCAAACAACUGACUUCAAGAAUCACAGCCUCCCACUUGCUCGAAUUAAAAAAAUAAUGAAAGCUGAUGAAGAUGUCCGAAUGAUUUCCUCUGAGGCUCCUGUUAUAUUUGCAAAGGCAUGUGAAAUGUUCAUCUUGGAGCUGACUCUGCGCUCUUGGAUUCACACAGAAGAGAACAAGAGGAGGACAUUACAAAAGAAUGACAUUGCAGCUGCCAUUUCAAGGACUGAUGUUUUUGAUUUCUUGGUUGAUAUUAUUCCCAGAGACGAGUUAAAAGAGGAGGGAUUAGGGGUCACCAAGGCGACUAUUCCUAUGGUUGGUUCCCCUGCUGAUAUGCCAUAUUAUUAUGUCCCACCGCAGCAUCCUCUGGGACCUCCAGGGAUGAUCAUGGGAAAGCCAGUUGAUCAAGCAGUAGUCUGUGGAGCCCAGCAGCCUCGUCCACCUGUGGCAUUCAUGCCCUGGCCACAGACUCAACCACAACAACAACAAGCUCACCAGCAACCAAGUGAUACUUGAUGAAGAGCCAGGUAAAUGGUGAUGUGGCAGGUUGAUUAUUGGCGUAGAGCUGGUCAUCGACAUCGAAUUUUAGUAAUGUCUUGUAUCUUAAGUGAAAGGGUUUAGUAAUGUCUUGUAUCUUAAGUGAAAGGGUUAGCGACUUAGCUUUAGUCUUUUGUAAUAGCCAAAACUGAGUUGUUUAUGGUAGUCAAAUGUGAGGGAGCUGGAUCAUUUAUGAUGUUGUGUUUGCUCUUAUUUUGCAAAAUCUCUAUGAUAUGCGUCCUUAAAAUUUUUUUUUU